AUGAAAAUGGCACCAACAAUCGUUCUCAUCACCGGCGCAAACAGAGGAAUUGGCAAAGGCCUUCUCGAAUUGUACUUACUCAAACCGAACCAUCUAGUUAUUGCUGUGAACCGCAAUCCUGAAGGCCCUACAUCUAAGGCACUUGCUGAGUUGCCUACAGCCAAUGGCACGAGUUUGUUGGUGGUUAAGAAUGAUGCUACGGUUCCAACCGAUGCAGCAGCUGCAGUCAAGCUUCUCGCCUCGAAAGACAUCCAUCAUAUCGAUAUCGUCAUUGCCAAUGCUGGCGUAGCCUAUGUAUGGCCGAAGGUCUCGGAAUUGAAGACCGAGGACAUGCAGCGCCAUAUUGUGCCGAAUGUGUAUGGAAAUGUCUGGCUGUAUCAGGCAGUGCUUCCAUUGCUGAAGAAGAGCGAGAAGAAGAUGUGGGUUAGCAUAGGAUCUAGUGCAGGUUUGAAAUUCUCCCAUUGUUAUGAUGGUACACUGACUAAUGAGUCUUGUUUGUUUAGGAACAUGCUUCCUAUGCAAAAUGCAGCAUAUGGCCCAACCAAGCUUGUUCUUCAUUUCCUCACCAAGGCCAUGCAUAUAGAAGAGCCCGAACUUGCUGCAUUUCCAAUUGACCCAGGAUGGGUUCAGACUGACAUGGGCAACCGCGGCGCGCAUGCAUUCGACAUAAAUGAGGCCAAUAUUACCACUGAGGAUAGUGUUAACGGGAUGAUCAAAAUCAUCGAUGUAGCGACUAGGGAUACUCAUGGUGGCAAGUUGUGGGAAUACAAUGGAAGCCAGGUGCCAUGGUAG